GUGCGGGCGGUCGGGGGAGCGCGAGGGGCCCCGAGAGGCAGGAAGGAGCUCGCCGGGCUGCGCGGCGCGCGAUGUGGAGCCGCCGCCUCGGCGCCUGCAGCAGCCGCCGCCGCCGCCGCUGCUGCCGGGGCCGCCGCCGCGCGGAGGGACAUGGAGCGCGGCUGCGGAGAGUGGCCGCCGGCAGCAGCAGCAGCAGCAGCGCGCGUCGGAGCGACAGCGGAGCGCAGCCGGCCCCGUGAAGCGCUGCCCGGCCGGUGGCGGCAGCGGCGGCGGCAGCAACAGCAACAGGGCGGCUGAAAACCCGGCGGCGGCGGGGUUCCUACCCGCAACCUCCCCUCGCCGCGCCUCGCGGCCCUCAGUCCUCCUGCGCUCGGCCUCCCCGGUGCCACCCCGCCUCCGCGGCGCGCCGAGCCGAGCAGCUGAGCCCGGGGGCGGGCGGAGGGGCGCGUGCCGCCGGCGUGGGGGAGGGGCGGGCCGGCGCGCGCCGCGCCCAGGACUCGCGGGGCCCGGGGGGCGCGUGCCGCGGCGCGAGGCGGGCGAGGCGAGGCGCGGGGCGGUGCGGCGGGGCCCCUCCCCCUGCAGCCUGGCGCGCGCCGGCCGGGCCGCACCGCUGCGGGCUCCGCGCGCGCGGGCCAUGUCCGCCUUCUGCCGGGGCUUGGCCGGCCGCGCUUCAGCACCCGCAGAGCCGGACAGCGCCUGCUGCAUGGAGCUGCCCGCCGCGGCCACGGACGCCGUCGGGAGCCCCGCCGCCGCCGCCCAGGUCUCCUUCCCCGGGGGCCCCGGGGAGCUGGAACUGGCGUUAGAGGAGGAGCUGGCGCUGCUGGCGGCCGGGGAACGGCCGUCCGACCCCGGAGAGCAGCCUGCGGCCGAGCCCGGGCCUCUGGCCGAGGAGGCCGGACUGCUGCCCCUGCCCGCCCAGGACCCCGAGCUGCUGUCGGUGAUCCGGCAGAAGGAGAAGGACCUGGUGCUGGCGGCCCGGCUGGGCAAGGCGCUGCUCGAGAAGAACCAGGACAUGAGCCGGCAGUACGAACAGAUGCACAAGGAGCUGACCGACAAACUGGAGCACUUAGAACAAGAGAAACACGAACUAAGAAGACGAUUUGAGAACCGAGAAGGAGAGUGGGAAGGGCGUGUGUCCGAGCUGGAGAGUGACGUGAAACAGCUUCAGGAUGAGUUGGAGAGGCAGCAAGUUCACCUACGGGAGGCAGACCGGGAAAAAACACGGGCUGUCCAGGAAUUAUCGGAACAGAACCAAAGGUUGUUGGAUCAGCUCAGCAGGGCAUCGGAGGUGGAGAGACAGCUGUCCCUGCAGGUCCACGCCCUCCGAGAGGACUUCCGGGAGAAGAACUCGUCCACCAGCCAGCACAUCAUCCGCCUGGAGAGCCUGCAGGCCGAGAUCAAGAUGCUGUCGGAUCGGAAACGGGAGCUGGAGCAUCGUCUCAGCGCCACCUUAGAGGAGAAUGACCUGCUCCAGGGGACGGUGGAGGAGCUGCAGGACCGGGUGCUGAUUCUGGAGCGGCAGGGCCAUGACAAAGACCUGCAGCUGCACCAGAGCCAGCUGGAGCUGCAGGAGGUGCGGCUCUCCUGCCGCCAGCUGCAGGGCAAGGUGGAGGAGCUCACCGAGGAGAGGAGCCUGCAGAGCUCGGCCGCCACCAGCACGUCCCUCCUGUCCGAGAUCGAGCAGAGCAUGGAGGCCGAGGAGCUGGAGCAGGAGAGAGAGCAGCUGAGACUGCAGCUCUGGGAGGCCUACUGCCAGGUCCGCUACCUCUGCUCACACCUUCGAGGCAACGACAGCGCCGACUCGGCCGUCUCCACGGACUCCUCGAUGGACGAGUCUUCGGAAACCUCGUCUGCCAAGGACGUGCCAGCCGGCAGCUUGCGGACGGCCCUCAGCGAGCUCAAGAGGCUGAUCCAGAGCAUCGUGGAUGGCGUGGAGCCCCCAAGCUCCCGGAGAAUUGAGGAUGACUCCUUAGAAGAACAGAUAAGGCAGACCAGCGAGGACUCGCGAGCCCUAAGGGAACUCAUGGAGGGAGAGAGGGGUAAACUGAGGCAAAGCCUAGAAGAGCUGCAGCGACUCCACAGUCAGGUGACUCUGCUGAGUGUGGAGAUGACUGCCCUCAGGGAGGAGAGAGACCGGCUCAGAGUGACGUCUGAGGACAAGGAGCCGAAGGAGCAGCUGCAGAAGGCCGUCCGGGACCGGGACGAGGCCAUUGCCAAGAAGAACGCUGUGGAGCUAGAACUCGCCAAGUGCAAGAUGGACAUGAUGUCUCUGAACAGCCAGCUGCUGGAUGCCAUUCAGCAGAAACUGAACCUCUCCCAGCAGCUCGAGGCUUGGCAGGACGACAUGCACAGGGUCAUUGACCGGCAGCUGAUGGACACGCACCUGAAGGAACGGAGCCGGCCGGCUGUCGCCCUCUCCAGGGCCCGUGGCGCAGGGCGUGGGGUCGAGCCCAGCACCGCCGAAGGCAAACGGCUGUUCUCAUUCUUCAGGAAAAUUUAAGUUGGGAGGAGUCAGGCCAGCGAGGACGGGCGGACUGGAGGCGAGGAAAGGGUGCGGGGGAGGCCGAGAGCACUGUGUUCAUGUGCAAGGGCUCCCCUGCUGGGCUCUGGGGCGCUGCCCGCCGCACUGGGGCCAUGUCCUCCAGGAGGGCCUGCCUGGCCUCUGAAGGCCGCCCUGGGUGGAGGGACAGGCCGGGCUUCCCUAGGAUCCGCUGCCGUUGAGCAGGGCUCAGGCUGCCCAGACGGCCCACCCCUCAGUGGCUCCCGUGCCCAACCCCAGGCUGCUGCCCUCCCUGUGGGAUCCGGGGAGCAGGAGAAACAAACAGGCCCUCCCUGCACCCUCAGGAGGCAGGCCUGAGCCUCCCUCCUCCCCAGCCCUGGCCCAGGGAGUAAGGGGAGGCGGCCCGCACCCUUGUGCAUGCACCUCUGUCAGGAGCACCUCUAGGCAGGAGACCCAGCCUGUGGGGCCUGCCGGCUGGGGCUGUUCUCGUGCGCUCGGCCACAGUGGGCUCUGCAAAGGCUUGGCCGAGGCCAUCCGAGCCCAAAGGAAGAAGGGCUGCCCCCGGCGCCACUGCUCUCCCUCCGGCCUGUGCCGGUGCAGGCCUCCCCCUCAGCCAGUCUUCUCGCAGGUCCUCUGCAGGCUUGAGCCAUCCAGCCCUUUCCCUUCGUGGGCCAGGGGGAGGGGUCCCCGCCUCCCAGCCUCCUGCUCCCCUCACCUACACAAGUUCUUGGUUCAGCCAAGCAAGUCCAGGACACAGAAUGGCCCCAGAAGGCUCUGCAGCCACCUCCACCUCAAGGGCAGCACUGUCACCACGGGCGAUGCCUCCAGGUACUGCCCACCAGGCCUGCGGGAGGACGAGUCCUGCAACUGCUGCUCCCUCGGCAGCCACGCACCUUCUCCGAGGCCCUCGCCCAGAGGCACCGGCCGAGCCAGCCGCGAGCUGCCUCCCCUGGGAGCAGCCCAGGAGGGAUGGGCGGAAAGAAUGUACCUAUAGAUAUGUACAUACCACAGUGCUGUACUUUUGUAUGUAGCAAUCAUGUAAAUACAUGGAUGGAUUUUAUAAUAUACAUAUUAUAUAUAAAUCUAUAAAUGCAUAUUUUUAGAAAAACAGCACACCACUGCUUCUUUUGAAAAUAGUCUCAGAAUAAAUUGAAUUUCUACAGAG